CCGGGGCCGUGGUGCGGGCGCGAGGAGAGCGGGGCUGCGGGCGCUCGACAUGGCGGCGGCGGCGGCGGCAGCGGCGGCGACUGCAGCGACCAAGGGGAAUGGGGGCGGCAGUGGCCGAGCCGGGGCUGGCGACGGCAGCGGCGCGAGGAAGAAGAAGGGCCCCGGGCCUGUGGCCACGGCGUACCUGGUCAUCUACAAUGUGGUGAUGACGGCGGGGUGGCUGGUGAUAGCAGUUGGACUGGUGAGAGCAUACCUGGCUAAGGGGAGCUACCAUAGCCUUUAUUAUUCAAUAGAAAGGCCUUUGAAGUUCUUCCAAACAGGAGCCUUACUGGAGAUUUUACAUUGUGCUAUAGGGAUUGUGCCAUCUUCUGUUGUCCUGACUUCUUUCCAGGUGAUGUCAAGAGUUUUCCUAAUAUGGGCAGUGACACAUAGUGUCAAAGAGGUACAGAGUGAAGACAGUGUACUUCUGUUUGUUAUUGCCUGGACAGUCACGGAAAUUAUCCGUUACUCCUUUUAUACAUUCAGUCUAUUAAACCAUCUGCCUUACAUCAUCAAAUGGGCCAGGUACACACUUUUCAUCGUGCUGUACCCAAUGGGAGUGACAGGAGAACUCCUCACAAUAUACGCGGCUCUGCCCUUUGUCCGACAGGCUGGCCUGUACUCCAUCAGCUUGCCCAACAAAUACAACUUCUCCUUUGACUACCAUGCAUUCCUGAUUCUGAUCAUGAUCUCCUACAUUCCACUGUUCCCCCAGUUGUACUUCCACAUGAUACACCAGAGAAGAAAGGUCCUUUCUCACACCGAAGAACAGAAGAAGUUUGAGUAGCUCUCUACACCACCCCAAACCAGACUUUUCAAUGAUCAAAAUAUGCUGCAGACUUUUUGAGUUCCCAGUAAGAACUAUUUUUAAAAUAUUAAAUACAAAACAAAAUAAAAAAACAAAAUCCAGUGUCACACAGGCCUGGGAUUUUAUAAAAAAUAAAAAUAAAAAGAUUAAAAAUGCAGAAGGCUGUUACAUAAAGCAUCCUAGCUGGUCCUUUCAGCAUGCUCUGACCAGAAGUUGCCAGUCCUAUGAUGGCGCUAGAAGGGGGUUGGCCUUUAUCUUCUCCGUGUCCUCCAUUCAUCUGGGAGUACAGAGUGUACACCCAGUGCUGAGAGCUGCUGUCCGAGGGGCAACUGUGCUCCAACUGACUUCUGGGCUUGCAGCAGAAGCUGGGUUGCAGUCUGCAGUAUGGCUAGCCUUCCCCUUCUCAGAGUGCUUGACUGCAUGCUGGAAACUGCUCGGGAGAGCUCAGAGGUUCUGGCUAGGACUUGGCCCCUCAUAGCUAGUGAAUGCAUUACAAGGCGUUUACGGCUGUGAAGCUUUGGGGAGUGCCUGUAACCAGAAAACCACUAAAAGCCUUUCAUUUGUUUUCGGUUGAGUCGUUGCUGCCUGCCGCUGAGAUCCGUGCUUGAACUUAGUCUGUGUAAACUAUAAAGACCCUUUCGUGGAACUCGCUUCAGUCAGAUUCUAACAAGCCACGGUGAGGGGGAAGUGCCUUCCAUGUACCAUCCUCAAAGCACAGCUGUGCACUGGCCAGUGAGAGCCUUCCUGACAGACUCGAAGCCUGUCUCACCACACAGGAGGAGAAGUCUGUAAUUAAAGGCACUUGGAAAGGCUUGCUUUACCACCAUGGUCCACAGAAGGCAUUCAGAAAUAGAUUUAAACUUACUUUUUAUUUUAUUUUAUUUAUUUUUUUUUUUUACUCUUCUGUUUAGGUACCUUUCCUGAUUGUGUUCCUGUGUAAUUCUCACCAAGUUGUAAGUCCAGAGACAACACAUGUUUUAGGAAAAGCUGAAGGUAGUACUGUCCCCUCCAUGCAUCAGAGCAGCCACCAGCUGCUUGUCACUAGCCCUGUCUGACAGGGUCUUCACAGCACUUACUUGCUCACCUGUGUGGUUAAGUCCCCUUAGGAUAUAGGCUUGGAGGAGACAGGCAAAGUCGAGGCCCACCCAGCCCGCUGCUCCCACAGCAAACUCCUUUUGAAAAUAGAAAGCAAGGUUCAGAUGAAUGCCAGGCCCAAGUUUAGAUGUGCACUCAAUUUUAAACAGUACCUUAUGAAUAAGAUCUCUCCCCUUGAUUUCUUUCUUUUUCAUUCCUUUUUUUGUUUAUCUUUAAGACUUUAAAAAUCUUGCCAUUGUCAUUUAGAAUAUAAUUGUUCCAAUCAGAAGAAUAUAAUGAAAACUACAUUUUCAAAUGCAUAUUUUCAUAGCUUGAAAAGCUAAUGCAGGCAGGUGUGUAAUAAGUUAUUGUCAAACUGAACAUUAGAAUUCUGCUUCAAGUCAGCUCUCUUUACUUGGCUGUGUCAAAAUCAGAAUCUAUUCUGGUAUUUGGUAGACAAAUAUGUGGGAAAUAUGUCUUUUCAACUUUUCCUCCCUUUUUAUUCCUCCAAACUGUAUUGCUUCUGUGAAACAGAAUCAGUUCGGGUAUCUGAGAUUGUUACUGUUGCGUUGGGAUGCCCACAGAAGGUGGCCUGAGAAGCAGCCCACGGGACCCCUGGGCCUGCCUUCCUCAUGGCUACAUCUGCUGGCUGGAUGCAUCAGCCUGAGCUGCACUGAUGAGAUCACAGUCACCUGUUUCCCUCACAGAAAGGGUCUCAAUCCAGCACCUGCUGGACACGUGCUCUGAGAUGCAGCAGACAGCGGGUGUCCUUCUGACACCUCAGUAGCUGGCUUUUAGGUCGUUUUCAUCCCUAACAUGAUUUGAUUUCUCUGUUGAGGUAAUCAUGUUCUUUUAUAAACUGAGAACGCCCAGCCUCCUCAGGUGUGACAUCUAAUGAGGUGUGAGCGUGGAAGGUUCUUUUUUUCAGUGGCUCUUUUGUCAGAACUAGAGUCAGCCCUCACCCUCCCAGCACCCACUUGACUGCAGGUCAGAUCUCCCCCAGGGGCCCUCUGCCGAAGGGAUGGAGCCUUUGAGGUGCACAGCAGCUCUCUGUAGACGUGUAUGGCUAAUCUGCAUCAUGCUGAGGCUGGGACCACAAUCAUAAAGGCUCCAUGGAGUUAGUCAUGGAGUAAAGCACUGCUCCCCCCACCCCCCAGGAAAGUAAAGCCAACUGAACAAGAGGACGGUGUGGACGGUACCUGGCCAGAAAGACAGGGGAGGCAGCCGUGCCUUGCUUCUCACUUGUGUUGGCUUUACAUUUCUAUUAAAAGCCUGGUGUUGCUGAGGUCUAACCUGAAAACCAAACUCAGUUCUGAGUCUCAGAUAAACCAUUAUCAAACAUCAAAGUCACUACACACUGCUCCUUUGAAAUUUGGGUAAAAAAUUAUACAACCAUAUAUAUAGUCAUUUUGUAUUUUUUCUAUGUUGUGAAAACCAAUAUUGUAAUUUUAUAAGUCUUUGAUUCACUAAAAUUAUAUAAUUUAAAUGUAUUUUUUGUAUAUUUAGAAAUAAGGAGCUCAAAAACUAUGCUUAACUUUCUACGCAUGCACUUGAAAGCUGUUUUUACCUGAUGUUAAUGUAGUAAGUUAUACUCAUAAAACACUGAUACAUGUUGCAUUCCAAAAUAAAUUGGUGUGUGCUCUG